AAAGUUGGCUCAAUUACGUAUUCGUCAACAGGCAAGUAAAUAUAUUUCAAGUAAAAUAAGAUAUGUAUUCGGGAAUUUUAGUUCAAACACCUGAAUCAGAUAUCGAGGAUGAGGACAAGGAGUAUAUUGUAGAGAAAAUAGUUGAUCGGCGCAUGCACAUGGGGGAAUUGGAAUACUUUGUGAAAUGGCAAGAUUUCCCCGAUGAGGAUUGUACUUGGGAGCUAUCGAAGUAUUUAGACUGUCACGCAUUGAUAGUCGAGUUUGAGACGCAGCGGGCCAAGAAAAACCUCAAGCGACAAGCGGAGAUAAAAAUAAAUGAGCUCUACGCGGUCAAAGCUAAGAAACUCAAGAUUGAGACCUCUAUAAUAAUGGACAAUGCAUUCGAGUAUGGCCACAAAGCUGAGAAAAUACUGUAUGCCUCAAACAGCGAAGGUAAAAUAUCGUUUGUGAUUAAAUUUAAGGAUCUCGAUCAACCAGAAAGCGUAGCCUCUGACAUCGCAUACAGCUACAUACCAAUGAUGGUGCUAAUGUUCUAUGAGGAGCAUCUCAAGCUGCUGCAUGCAUUUUCCGCCAGUUGAAUGUAUUUGUGUCACUAUUUUAAUUGAAAUUAUAUUUGUAAGCAGCACGAAGACAAUAAAUCAAUAAGAAAGAGAGAAAACAGAAGGAAUUCAUUUAAGACU